AACGUCGUCUUGUCAUACGUCAAAACAAAAUUAAUACUGCUAUAAGUUAUUUAAUAAUUACUUACUCCCACAUUUUAUUAAAUUAUUUCAUUACAAAGUAAUCAUGUCCUCACGAGUUUUAAGAAAAUUGCAAGGUGAUAAAGACAAAGAAUUAGCAGAUGAAGUAUCUGAUACAGAGACAGAUACUCCUGUAUCUGGAGGAGCAAGAAGAAAACAGUUAAAUAUAAAUCGUUAUGACUUGUUGAAUCAACACUCCCAUUCCGAAAGCGAAGUGAAAGAAGAUGAUAAUGAAACAGAGGCUGCUAAAUCAUGUGAAGGAGGAGAUUCCCAUGACAUAAAAAGGAAAAAGAAAAAGAAGAAGAAAAAAUCUGGAAAACACGUUAACACCCAAAGGAGUAGUGAGGAUAAUGCAGAUAUAGAUGAAGUGGAAAGGUCUGUUAGAGAAGUAAAUAGACUUCUGGGAGAAAAUUAUAUUCCGAAAGUUGCAACUCCUACUAAUGUUAAACAUGACAAAUCAACUCACAGACGAAACAUCUUGUCUGUUCAGCACAAACACUUAAAUCCCAAUAAUGAACUGAAAAGGAUAUUUGGAUCUAAAAUAGUUCAAAGUGAACACAAACGUAAAAACCGAGGCGGUGGAAGAGGUCACGUGAAACCAACAACAAUGGUAAACUGUAAGGAAAACUGGCCCCAAGUAGGCAAAUCGGGUCUGUCGAUGAACUAUAUUGAAAACAAAAAUGGAAUACAGUAUUUUGCAUACGAACAUAGUCAGAGUUACAGACAGGUACAAAACAAAUUUUUAGAGGCAGUUGAAAGUUUAAAUCCCGACAAUAUUGUCGCUAUAAUUAAUGAUCAUCCAUACCACGUAGAUGCACUAAUUCAACUUUCCGACCUUUGUAAAUUGAGCGAAGAUUUGGCUAUGGCUGCUGAACUUAUCGAAAGGGCUCUGUAUUGUUUAGAAUAUGCUUUCCACCCAUUAUUUAAUGUUGCACAAGGGAGCUGUCGGUUGGAUUACAAGAGACAGGAAAAUAGGGCCCUAUAUAUCACCAUUUUCAAACACUUGAUGUUCGUCGGGGGAAAGGCUUGUUAUCGGACAUCAUUAGAAUUCUGCAAGUUCCUUUUGUCCCUUGACCCUGAUGGAGAUCCAGUGGCGAUUAAAUUGGCUAUAGACUUUUACGCCAUACGAGCAAGGGAGUAUCAGUGGUUGAUAGAUUUCGUAACGGAAUGGGACGGUAGCAAGAAUCUCUUACAGUUGCCCAACUUUGCAUUCUCCUUGGCAGCUGCGUACUUUUACGUUGGGGACAGCGCAAAAGCCGACGUUUUGCUGCAAGAUGCUUUGCUGAUGUUUCCGGGCGUCUUGAUGCCGCUUCUUGAGAAAUGCUCGGUUCAGAUAGACAACAGGGUGACUUACCAUACUUUCUUUUCGAACGCCAAUGACCAAAAAAAGCAGUCCCCAGCUUUGAAUCAGUUGACCCUUUUAUACAUAAAUAGGAGUUACCACAUAUGGAAAGACAGCGAUCUGUUGCCAUGGCUCGAGAAAAAUGUACACGAAGUACUAGAUAGAGUGGAAAAAGGCGAUCCACUUGUGGAAGACUAUGAAAUGAAAAGGUUAAAAAGAUAUGUCGGACCACUGCCUCAGACCAUAGCGAGACAUAUUUUACUGUCGGAUUUGAAAGGAGUCUCGCCGUUGGCGGAUGAUUCCAGUGGGCCCGUUUUAAGUUUCGACCCUCUUCCUCCUAAGGAUUCCAUAAAUAUUUAUACGAGACCAAAAAGACCCGCUUUGCCAGUUAAUAAUUCAAACCCCUUGGGCAUAUUCUUUAGGUCGAUCUUGCCCAAUUUUAAUCCGUACAACAUUCCUCCAGUUUUAGAAGGCGGUAGAGAAGAAGAGGGCGCAAGGGCAUUAGCUGAAGGCGGAGAUAAUAACGAGGGUGGCGAUUUAAGAAGAAGCGUCGCCUCUUUGGUAGACGCGAUGAGGGACCUACUGAAUAAUAUUCGACCUGAAGUUCCCAACGAUGCGGACGGGGAGGAGAAUGAUGAUUCCGCAGAUGAUGACUUAACAUAGAUGUCUUUUUUUUAUUGUCAGUAUCUGUGAAUUGAAUUUAUUUACUUCCUUAUUGUUAAAUAUAUAAUUACAGAAAUAAAGCUUUAUAUAUCC